AUGGCAAAGCAGAUUGUUAUUCUUGGUGGCGGCUUCGCGGGCAUCCCGCUAGCCCAUAAGCUCUUAAAGUACACCAUCCCAAAAGUUAAGGAGGCCAAACUCAUCCUGGUCUCUGCAUCCACACACCUUUAUUGGAACCUCGCAGCAGUGCGCGCGGUGGUACCCGAUCAGAUCCCCGAGGAUCAACUAUUCCGACCAAUCAAGGAGGGCUUUGCCAAGUACCCAUCCUCCCAAUUCGAACUCGUCUUUGGAACAGCCACCAGCGUCGACCUCGAUCAGAGCACAAUCGUUGUCGAUGUGGACGGGAGUCCAACAACCAUCACCUAUGACCAGCUCAUUCUCGCAACUGGAUCAUCCAUCAGCUCCGGCUUGCCUUUGAAGCAUAUUGGCUCCUCCGAGGCAACCAAGACUGCCCUUCGUGACCUGCAGGGCAAGAUCAAGGCCGCCAAAUCCAUCAUCAUUGCCGGAGACGGCCCGACGGGUGUCGAGACGGCGGGCGAGAUUGCCCACGCCUAUGGUGGCAAGAAAGAACUCACUUUCAUUGUCUCGAAAGACCAUGCCCUUCCCGGUCUUAUGCCAUCUGCCGGCAAGGCUGCCGAGAAGGAGCUGAUCAAGAUGAACACCACCAUCAUUCACAACGCUACGGUCACUGAUGUCAAAGACCUUGGAGCGUCCAAGUCUCUCACACUGUCUAAUGCCAAGACUCUGUCGGCAGAUGUAUACCUGCCCCUUUUUGGUUUGAGGGCAAAUGCCUCUUACUUGCCGUCUACAGUCCUUGACAGCAACGGCAACGUUAAGCUUGAUACCACGCUACGUGUGACGGGCACCAAGAAUGUGUGGGGUGUUGGCGACAUUGGUAACUUGGAGACGAAGCAAGUGAUGAAGGUUGAGCCUCAGGUUAUCCACUUGGCCAAGAACCUAGACGCCGUGGUUACGGGCAACUCGACCGGUGUCACUGAUUACAAGACAUCAGACAAGCCUAUGAUAUUCGUUACCAUUGGCAAGAGCAAAGGUACAGGUCAGAUGGGUGGGAUGAAGCCGUUCAGCUGGUUAGUCUCGUACAUGAAAGGCCGAACUUUGUUCAUUGAGAAGGGGCCGGCCCUGAUUGAGGGCAAAGCAAUCAUCCAGGCCAGCAUUUGA